CCCCUGUGAAAGCCUCUGAGCUGCAGCUCCACAGGAAAUGUGACCUCAUUCAGGGGCUGACGACUGCGUUUGAAAAGAAACAAGACAGUUGAGAAGUGAUCUGGAAGAGACUGCCCAGCACCCAGACAUCACAGAGCAGGGGGCCCAGGCUGUGGGGUGCUGCUGGACGUAGCAGGUGGCACUGGGUGACUUUCAGGUUUGCCCUGUAUCCCCAGCAGUAACCUCAGGAUCCCUCAAGACAUUGACAGAUCUGAUCAGACUGGUCUAUGGUAAUUCGACCACCGUCAGCCACACAUAGCUGGAUAUCCCAAAAAUCCACCCGUGACCGACUCGUCUUUUAGAGUAUGAACUCAGAGAUCUUCAAGAUGGCGGCUCAACCUCCCAUGAUGUCGACACCAAUGAAGGGAAAAUAUUCAUCCCUCUUCCAAGACAUUGCACUUCUGCCUUAUAGACUCUUUGGACAUUAUUCACGAGAAAACUCUGAUGCAGCGAAUAUGAGCCCCCCAAAUCAAUCCGAUGUUAAUAUGAGCCCCUGCCGGCACAGCCUGCGCCUGCUGUCCAAUGGCUACUACGUGUGUGAUGAAGACAGCUUCUGCUGGGAUGACCUGGGCAACAUAUCCUUCAGCCCUUCCCAAUGUACGGUGUCCUACAAAGAGAACAUGGUGAGAAUUUUUAGGAAGAGACGUAAAGCCCUGGGACAAAGACGUCUUGAUCUUACAAAUCAUGGACACCUUGAGGACAUGCAAGCUCCCAAUUAUGAAGACCUAAAUGACAUUGAACCGUUUGUGGACGAGCAAAUCUACUACUCCGGCUCCGUUUUUACGGAAGAAAAUCUAGAUAGUUGUGACUCCACCACCAACCUAUAUGCUCCAGCCCUCCAUGAGAUAGCGGAGUCAGAUGCUGACCACAUCACAUCUGGAUAUUACCAGCACAUGAGGAACGAAAAUGCUACACAAUGUCUUCCAACCAUUUUGCACCAUGCUGGCAUUUCUACCAAGAUACUACACCCGGAGCACCCUCAUGAGAAGACGGCUAAUCCUGUCCUUCCUGGGACCCCCCAAAAUCUGAAUAACGAUGUGGAAACCUGUCGGUUUACAUAUGAUAUUAGCAGCCGGGAACCAGUAGAGAGGCGGACGGUGAGAGAUUCCACAGCUACGACUCUAACACCAUCUAUAGAAAGUGUCUCCAUGGGUGUGGGUGACACCAAGCACAGGAGGGUCAUGGACCUCACCUUCAUCGUCAUUCUUCUUUUGUUACUCUGCCUGAUCGUUUGGUGGGUCAGGUUCCCUGACCACAGCGGCAUCCGGACCCGAAUAAAACACUGAACUGCUUAUCCAGGCCGCUAUAGUAUACAGUUAUUACAAUGUUGCUUUUGAUUAUAUGCUGCUCCUGUAUGUAUCGGACAGCUGUGAUAUUGUAUAUAUAUAUUAUAGGCUAUGUGUGAAGAGAUCUACUGUAGGUACUUAAAGGGGAACUCUGCUCUGGAUAAUCCCUACUUAAUGGAAAGUGUCCUCCUGCUGGAGCCCCCAGCGAUCAGCUUCCAUCUGUGGAGAAACCUGGCAGUAGGUGUUUGGUGUCCCUGCAGCGCCACCACAGGGGAAAUGAAGCAUUACACAGUGUCCAUUCACAUCAGUGGGUUCUCUGUGUAAGGCAGGACAGGACAGGUCCUCCAGAGCCAGAGACACUCUUAGUAUUUGCUCUUUUCUGGCCAAGAGGUGAGAAUCUGAAAAAUAAUUUCCUAUUAGGGAAGGUAAAAAUGGAUUUUCUAAACUGGACAACCCCUUUAAGCAGCAGCAAUGCACGGACAAUCCCUCGGGUGCAUAUAUAGUAUAUAUUAGUUGUAAUUGUUACAAUGCUAUAUACUAAACUGUGUAUAUAAGGGCAUCAGGAGCCAAUGGGGGACGGCCCGGACCACCCUCUAUUGUCUGCAGCUGGACAUGGCUUCUGGCUUGGUGGUGGACUCAGGGCAUCCACUGAAAUGAAGAGCCCUUCGAUGACUUCCCUCGUUUAUUUUAUUUUUUUCUGCAAGAAAAAGCAAACAAACAAUCUCUGGUCCUACAGCCGGACCCCCGCACUCAGCUGGUCUGAGGGGGUCCGGUCAUCUGAAAAGGUGGACAAGCCCUUCAAUAAUAGACUUUCUAAGCACUAUAUAUCCCACACUCAUAUAUAUAACCAAUCAGAUGACUGAAGUGAUAGUAGCAGCACAGAGUAUUUCAGGGGCUGAUGUCACUUCUAUAGACACAGUGAUGUCAUAAGUGAUUUUUACUACCAUGCCCCCCAGCCUGGUGUGGGGUCUACAGCUUCGUGGCUGAGGUGUUAUUAACGCUUAGUGAUAGCUAACCUCCGGCACUCCAGCUGUGGUAAAACUACAACUCCCAGCAUGCUCCAUUCAUUUCCAUGGAGUUCUGAGAACAGCCAAGCAAGUGUGCAUUUUGGGAGCCGUAGUUUUACCACAGCUGGAGUGCCGGAGGUUAGCCAUGGCAGGCCUAGACCCUCUACUUCUCAAUAAUAGGGGGUCUGAGACCGGGCGCCCCCACCCAUCAGCUGCUGGAAGGGGCUGUGGCCCCUGUGGUCUGUUCAUAGUGGCCGUGCUGGGUAUUGCAGUCCAAUCCCAUUCAUUUGAAUGGGACUGAGCUGCUCCUAGUCCACGUGACUGAUGGAUGUGACACCACAGAGGCGGCAGCAUUCACCCUGGCGCUGCGGCCCCUACCAACGGCUGAUCUUCAGGGGUGCUGGGAGUCAGACUCCUACCAAUCAGAUAUGGGUGAUAUCCUGAGGAUAGGUCAUCAGUAUUCUACUCCUGGAGAACCCCUUUAAGGCUAGGCUUGUAUGGACUUUCAGCCGCUGAAUGUAAACCAGAAUGUUCCCAUUCACUGACAGCAAGUAGAGAACUUAUAACAAUUAUAGUGUCAAAGAAUUAUAUAGAGAUUAUAUAUAGAAUUAUAUAGAAAAUGGUUUACUGUAGCAUUUGAUAAUCCAGCAUCAAUUUCCAUCACAGAUCUACAAUAUACUGAGGAGAGGGAACCGACUGGAGGACGAUGAUACUCAGCAUCAGUGAUGGUCAGUUCACCAGAGAACCCAUGCGGGCUGCCGUC